GAGAGACAGAGAAUGAUAUCCUUCAUCAUCCCCAACUUGAAAGAGUAAGCAGGAGUCACACAGUAACACACCCAAUGGCCUCCAUUUCUGUUUUAGCGAGAACACUCCUUUUCAACCAUUCAACCACUCGUUUCUUUAGUCCCUUCAAACCCCAUUCUUCUCCCUUUCCUCUUCAAUGUGUCACAAAAACCACCUGCGCCCUCCAACAAUCCCGCCGCAACGUCAUUGAAAUCCUCGAAGAACGCGGUCUGGUCGAGUCCAUCACCAGCGACGCGCUACGGGCCGCGUGCUCCUCACCGGUCAAGGUCUACUGCGGUUUCGACCCCACCGGGGAGUCUCUGCACCUCGGCAACCUCCUUGGCAUCAUCGUGCUCUCCUGGUUCCACCGCAGCGGUCACGGUGCCGUCGCGUUGAUCGGAGGCGCCACCGCGAGAGUGGGCGACCCCUCAGGAAAAUCUCUCGAAAGGCCCGAACUUGAUAUCGAGUCCUUGGAGAAAAACACGGUGGGUAUCUCCAACACCAUUAAACGGAUUUUGGGUCGCGGCCGAAAUCCGAACUCGGUGGACUCUGAUUUGUCUGUUGUGAUUUUGAAUAACUAUGACUGGUGGAAAGAGUUUAGUUUGUUGGAUUUUUUGAAAAGGGUAGGUAGGUUUGCUAGGGUCGGGUCUAUGAUUUCUAAGGAGAGUGUAAGGAAGAGGUUGGAGUCAGAAGAAGGAAUUAGUUUCACCGAGUUCACAUAUCAAUUGUUGCAAGGUUACGAUUUCUUGCACUUGUUUCAGAAUGAGGGUAUAAGUGUUCAGAUUGGGGGUAGUGAUCAAUGGGGUAAUAUAACUGCUGGGACUGAAUUGAUUAGGAAAAUAUUGCACGUGAAAGAUGCAUAUGGCUUGACAUUCCCUCUUCUUUUGAAGAGUGAUGGUACCAAGUUUGGAAAGUCAGAGGAUGGUGCUAUUUGGUUGUCUCCAAAGUUUUUGUCUCCCUAUAAGUUUUACCAGUAUUUUUUUAGUAUUACUGAUGAUGAUGUGAUUAGGUUUUUGAGAAUUCUUACAUUUUUGGACAUUGAGGAGAUAGUUGCCUUGGAAGGGGAGAUGGGGAAGCCUGGCUAUGUGCCUAACACCGCCCAGCGGAGACUGGCGGAAGAAGUUACACGAUUUGUUCAUGGGGAAGAAGGUUUGGCUGAGGCUCUUCAGGCCACUGAGGCAUUGAGGCCGGGGUCAGGGACGAAGUUGGACUGGAAAACCAUUGAGGGGAUUGCUGAGGAUGUGCCAUCUUGUUCUUUGGCUUAUGAAGAGGUUUUGAAUCUGUCAUUGGUGGAUCUUUCGGUCUCUUCUGGUUUGUUCGAGAGUAAGUCUGCGGCAAGGAGGUUGUUGAAGCAAGGGGGCCUUUACUUAAAUAAUAGCAGAGUGGAUAGUGAAGGUAAGAGGAUUGAAGCUGCAGAUAUAGUGGAUGGGAAAGUUCUCCUGUUAUCAGCUGGCAAAAAGAACAAGGUGCUGGUGAGAAUAGCUUGAGAGUGUCUACUGAACUGAGUAUUUUUUGGAGACUGUUUAUUUCCUGUGUUUUUCUUUUGUACUCAUAAGAAAUCUUUGAUUUACCUGAUACAGGGAAGCUUAUUCUCUAUGUGUAGUUUUCUUUUUAGAAUUAGAGUUUCACCUCAACUUGUACUGGUUUGUAAUGCAAACCUUUAUUUCAUGGGCUAUUUAGGUGGAAGUUUAAUUC